CGACGCUUCCUCCUGUGAUUCUUCUCAGCCGCACGCGUAACGUUUGCAGAUACCCCUCGAUCGCGCCUUUACAUGUCGACUGACGUCUAAGCCUCCACGCCGGAGUCACGAAAUUCGCCACACCAGCGCAGACGGGCGCUCUUCAGCUCUAUCCAAAUCAACGAUGGGAGCAAUUAUGAGGCAAGCUGCCCUUGCAGCAGCGCUGCUGUUCAGCACAGUGGUCACAGCACACGAGCACCACGUGAACAAGAUAGCAGAGGGCGAGGCUAUAUCACAGGACCCAAUCGACUCGAUACUGUGGAUACACAUCCUACUGCAGGGGUUCGCCUGGGGAAUCAUCUUCCCCACAGGAAUGGUGUUGGGUAUAAUACGCUCCAAAUGGCACGUUCCCGUACAAGUCACCGGCUCCGUUCUCGCAAUUAUCGGCUACUUCCUGGGCCAUAAACACAAGGGCAGGCAGUUUUCCGAAGACAACGUCCACGCCAAAUUCGUCCCUAUCAUCAUGCUCAUGCUGAUCACGCAAAUCGUCAUGGGUGUGUACUUGAAGCUCCACCUUGAGAAGGGUAUACACGGCAAGAUCCGCAGGGUUGUUCUCGUUGGUCACGGAGUGGUGGGAAAGGCAUUGCCUGUGGUGACCUGGGUGCAGUUCCUUUUUGGAGGCAUCACCGCACUCGGAUUCUGCAGGGCUGACCACACCGGCCAGUGUCUUGCCCACUUCAUCAUGGGCAGCGCCUUCAUUGCCUACGGAAUUAUCCUCAUCAUUUUGCUGCUCGUGGGACAAAUGUGGCUGAAGCGGACCGGUCGCAGCCAGGAGUUCUUCGAUUCGCUCGUCAUUGCCGCCUGGGGCUGCGUCAACACCUUCACGGAGCACAGGUGGGGUGGACCUUGGGUACACAACGAUCUGCAGCACACAUCCAUGGGUAUCAUUUGGUGGGCUGCUGGUCUGGUUGGUAUCUGGCUGAGCCGCAAGAGAAACGGACAGCCGAAGCGCAACCUCAUUCCUGGCAUGGUCAUCUUUGUCACCGGCUGGGCCAUGUCAGCUCACCCGCAGCAUCUGCCUAUCUCGACCAUGGUCCACACUGUGUUUGGCUUCACCCUCAUGGCCGCCGGCGCUGCUCGUAUCAUCGAAAUCGCUUUCGUAUUAAGGGACCGCAGUGCGGUCACCAAAAACCUGGAGGACCCAGAUCCGAACAGCUUUCAGUACCUCACGCCCUUCCUGCUUAUUGCUGGUGGCUUUCUCUUCAUGGGUGCCACCGAAGAGCAGAUGCAGAUGCUCGCGGACGCAAAUGUCACACACGUGUCUUACGUUAUGAUCCUCUUUAGCAUUGCUUUCUUGAUGUUCCUCUUCGCCAACCUGCUCAUCCACCUCUACGCGGUGCACGCCUUUGCAGACUCGAAGACUGACACUGAGGCACCUCACGCAAAUGGAGCACCAAACGGCUACGCAAGAGUCGACCACAGAGUUAGAGACGCGGAGGAGUUCGAGCUCGAGGGUCUGACAGACGACGAAGAUGACGACGAACCACGUCAUAAGGAGGCCAGAACAAAUGGGCGCGUAACAUUAUGAAACAUACAACUAGGGUAAAGGAGCAUAGGGUCGGCGUUUAUUGAUUCGAUAUUUAAUCACAUUUCCAAUCUAUAUCCAGACUUCGGUAUCUCAAG